AUGAAGAAAGAAGCCUUUCUUAUUUAUUUCAGAGGCGAUGAUCCUAAUUUGUGCGCUUGUUUUGCAGAGGCUGGAGGUCCCAACGGCAGCAGUGGAGUUGGUGGACCAUCGUCAUUCGACGAGUGUCAAUUGGCUCUUCCUCCUCCCAGCUACGAGAUGGUCCUCGACCUGAAGAGACGGGAGCUGGAGUACCAGCGAGAGAUCAGCGAAGCCGAGCAAGCUGAGAGACUCAACAGUGCGAGAAGAAGGAUUAGAAACCUUUUGGGGAAGAUCAGAAACAUAACUACUAGGCCGGAGGAGGAGGAGGUGUCGGAUCCUCCACCUCUAGAGAAUUUGAUGUCGCCUCAAGAUUCUUAUUCUACAACUGCCGUGGCACCGAAUGGACUCUUCACCAUUAGCAGAGAAAAUCUACCCCCGCAGGAGUUUUACACCCAGGCUUCAACAUCGUCAGAUCCUCAGCCUUCAGGUUCCUCUGGGAACGCUCCUGUGUCCGAGUCUGAUAUUUCACAGCACUUCGAAAAUUCUUCCCUUUCCCUUAUUCCUGAGGCUUCUAGGAGAUCCCCGGAGGCAUCUCCAGUGCUCCCUUCUUCUCCCCCAGCAUUCACUCCCAGCGCUCCUCCGGCAAUCCAGGUCCUCACUCCUGACCCUCAGGAACGCGAGGAGUUCCUGCUGCUGCAACACGCAGGAACUUCCAGACCGUUCACUGGAAGGUCGGUACUUUCCAGACCCACAACGUCCAUCAGCACCAGGACUCUUUCUACUCCACCCGAGCUUGUGAGGAAGACAAGCCUUCCAGGCACUGUCCUGGAAAAUGACGAAGACAAGAACGAAGAUGAGACAAACGAGGAGCAGCCCGCAGGAGGUGGAGGAAUACUUGCAGCCUCUUGAAGACUUCAAACCAUCUGACGUCUAUCACACGUCAGCAUGCUAGUGUCUUUAAAGCUCUUCACCAUCAACAGAGGACGACUCCUCCAGCAGAAGUGCUACCUCCAAGUCUCAGUACUGUCAAAGUUUUCAGAGCUCUUGGAUUCUCUCUGGGAGAGGACUAACUUGGUGGAAACUACAUGAAUGGUAUACUACCGACUUGAUGAAGAAUUAGACACAUGUACAACAUCUGGGUAUCUUUAUUUGGAGAUGUUUCAACAACCAGUGGCUUUAUCAAUACAAAUUCGAGGACAUAAUGGGAAGACUAUAGAAGUACAUACAAAAGAUGAGGUUAUCAGUCUGCAUGACUCACAAAAUCGUAAUGACACGAUUGCAAACAAACCCCACCCGUGGUAUGGUUAAGUUAUCAGUCCUUCAGCCUUGGAGUUGGUGAUGAGCACCUUAGUCUUGAAGAAUCUGAUCCUUCAUCUGGUGGAAACUGUUGAAGAUAAUAACACCAGUUGGCACCAACACACCCGUCCACACACUCCCGUCCACACACUCAUCAGAAGACGUGUGUCUCUCUUACUUAAACCUGCUCUGUGUUAUUUACACGCAUCACAACUUACCUAAAUAAUUUGUAUGUAACUAUAUAUGCUCAAUAGUACAUGGAGACAGAAACUCGGAAGAUUUAUUGAUUUGUAUAUUUCGACCCCCUGCUGGGGUCCUCUUCAGCAGAUACACAAGUGAAAGGAGAACUACAUAUCAGUCUGUCUGUACUUUUUUCGUCUGUCCUUCGAACUCAGUGGUUCUAAUCAUAAUCAUAGUUUUUAAAAGGGCGAACCGAUAAGCCAGCGGAAGGCCUCGGUUAGAUGACCAAAACCCCAAGAUGUGGGUCAUCAGGAAACACUUGUCCUGUUUCCUGACCAACUUAGCCUUCUUUCUCGUUCUAUUUUUUCAAUCUAUUUACAUGUAUUAAUUUACCCAUCCAUCCAUCUAUCCAUCUAUCUCUCACAAUUCUCUCAGCAAAAUCUCUCUCCCUCGCCACCGACUAUUAGAGACAACUCUCUAACAUACACAACUCAAAUCUUUCAUAAAUUUCGUUACCUCUAUAUAACCAAACUAAAGUCAAGUUACCGUCCAUUAGUCAUAGUGAAGUUGUUAGCACAGUUUUUCGUUAUAAGUGUCCAGGGCACCAAUGAAAGUGCAUCCGUACAAAAUGUAAUGAAACCAGAAA